UUGUAACGACAUCACAGCAAGCUCAGACUGGCAUUGUGACCAUGAGACGGGAAUUUCUCCCCAUCGAGACAUUGCCCUCCUGGGCAGUUCUCAAUGACAUCUUCGCCGAUGGCGUAGCCUUUCGGAGACUGCGGUCCCUCGAGGACGGCACAGACAAGGGAUCAGCUAUCGUCGCAACGAGGGACAGACGGGACGAUGGGUCGGGACUUAACCCGCAAGUACUUCUUACAAUCCCGCUGGAUAUGGUUCUCUCGCUGCAGUCGGUUGAGAAUCAUGCUAAGUCUGAUGGGAGUCUUCGGGAGGUGUUGAAUGCGGUGGGAGAUUAUGGAAGGAUGGAUAGAGGCGCGAUCUUGAUCUUCCUGAUCAUCCAAAUGACACAUUCGAGCCCUGAUUUCGCGCACGAGCGACACCGAGUAGGAUUAUCGGGUCCCUGGACCGAAUACCUGAAAUACAUGCCCUCCGACAUACCGCUCCCGACACUAUAUACCCCGCAGGAACUGGAGCUCCUACGCGGGACCUCGCUAAGGAUCGCCGUUGACGCGAAACUGACCGCGCUGGAUCAGGAGUUCGAGAAUCUCCGGCGAGCGACGGAAGAAAUAUCGUGGUGUCAGAAGUACUGGUGGGAUGAGAAGACCGGCCGCUUGACGCUAGACGACUGGAAAUAUGUCGAUGCGCUGUAUCGGUCGCGGAUGGUGGAUUUGCCGGGGAGUGGCCAUGCGAUGGUUCCCUGUGUUGAUAUGGCCAACCAUGCGUCGGAAAGUGCUGUGAAGGCGCUGUACGAUGAAGACGAACAUGGGAACCCUAUUCUGCAACUGCGACGGGGGAAAGAGUUGAAGACAGAUGAUGAAGUUACGAUCUCCUACGGGGGAGGUAAGUCCGCGUCGGAAAUGGUCUUCUCGUACGGGUUCCUCGACAGGGAGAUGGCCGAUGCUAAGCAGCUGUCUCUCGACCUCGAUAUUCCCGACGACGAUCCCCUGAAGAUAGCCAAGAAGAUGUUCUGUAGACACGCGCCUGGGUUUAAACUAAGUUCAAACCCUGGUGCAACAGAACCACCGACUACUAGCUGGGAUAGCCCGAUCGUGUGGUGGGCCUGCGUCAACGAAGAAGAUGGACUGAACUUCAAGGUGCUGCAAACGACCGACGGAGCCCGAGAGCCCAGAGCCACGUGGAAGGGAGAAGACAUGGAGCACCCCGAUGCACUGAAAGACGUCUUGGCCGCGAAUCCUCAGUUUGAUAUUUUCCAACUCCGAGCGGUGGUGACCAUCCUGGAGCGAUUGGAAACCCAGUUUUUUGUCCUGCGCCAGACCGAGCGCGUGGUAUCGGAGAUCAGGGAGGACGAGAACAUGCGCGCCAUCUUCCGACCUGAUGUGUUCAAAACCAUCGUCAAACUACGGGAGCUGGAGUCACAGCUGAUGGAGAGGGGGAUUGAGGACCUUGAGAGCCAGCGACAAAACCUCAUGGGCAGCGAAGCAGUGAGGGCGUAUCUGAGCCAAGGAGAGGAGCAGGCUCAACCCGAAGAAGAAGACGAUUUCUCCUGAUAUGUCUUGGCGAGAAUAGAAUCUGACUCAGGCAAGCCACCUACUGUACACUAUCAUCUAUAGCGUUGUGAUGAAUAUUACG